AUUCCUCCUUUUUCAUGGUUGAUCAUUCUUCAAGUAGUAGUUUAUUGGGUGGAGAUUGGGAAAAUAUGUGUGUGUGUUGUGUACAUAUAUAUAUAUAUAUAUAUGCACAAUCUGACCUUAGAACAUAUUUAUCUGGAAUAGUAGGUGCUGUGUGGCUUAGAGCUCUGGGGUCGAGUUCCCGGUUUUAUCGAGUGAGGUAAGUAACUUAUGGUAAUGCCUUGGAUUUAAGGUAAAGCUUUUAAAAGCAAAUUUCUGAUGGUUUUGAAAUGGUGGCGGGACUAAACCCGUUUUACACGAGCAUGAUUGAUUUGAAGUGAAAUUUUUAUGCUUUUCAUUAAAUUGAGGAUGCUUACUUGGAAUUUAAUUGACUGUCUUGAUGAUUUGAAAGCGAUUGUGAAUUGUGAUUUUCUUGUUAACUUCUGUCUGUUUUGUCUUCGAUAUGGUCAUGUUAUUCGUGUGCUUGCUAGUGGGAGGUUUAUAACACUGGCUAUGACUUAUGGAGGAGACGUCUAUUUCGUUCCCGUACUAUAUCCAUUUUUCAUGAUUAUACUUGUUGGCAUAUUAUGAGUUUAAUUACGGGUUAUUCAUAUUUUACUUACUGAGUUAUCUCACCUCAUUUCCUCGUCCACUAUUUCAGGUAAUGUGACUUGAGACGCGGGAAAAAAGGGAAGUGACGAGUUAAAUGGCUAGCUAUUGUAUUUGGAUAUAGAUUUUGAGUUUAGAUUAUUUUUUGUAAGUUAGAUUCAUUAUUUUGAGUUUAAGUCGUGUUGGACAUGGAAUUAUUUUGAGAUAUUUGACAUAGAAUUAUUUUGAGAUAUUUGAUUUAAGUUAUAUCAAAUGUGAAUUGGAU